AAGAGACCCCGGCUCAACGUCGAAAGUUGCAUUGCUUGACUAACUGCUACUUCAUUAAUUAAAGAAGCGCAGACAGUUUAGAGAUCCAUUUUGAUUUAUUCCAUCACACCCCAAAGCCAAAAAAUGGUGAAAUUUUGGCUCCAUCGGAGAUGAUGGAAAUGCAAUUCUAAUCAAUAGAGGUUAAUUUUGUAAUUUGAGAGUCAAACUCUGAAAGCACUCUUUAGUUUUCUGAACUUGUUUAGCUGUUGGGAGAUUUGUCAAGUUACUUAUCAUGUUAGACGUUGUUGCACGGUAUAGCGAUUGUAUGAAAAUCCUUGCACAGAGACUUUUGGGGUUGAUCUCCAAGAGUCUAGGCCUGCCAUGUUCGUGCAUCGAAGAUGCAGUCGGGGAAUUUCACCAAAACAUUACUUUCAGUUACUAUCCCCCAUGCCCACAGCCGGAGCUUACUCUUGGCUUGCAAUCACACUCUGAUAUGGGUGCCAUUACUCUUCUCAUCCAAGAUGACGUUAGGGGACUUCAAGUUCUUAAGGAUGAAAAAUGGGUAACUGUGAAUCCCCUAUCUGAUGCUAUACUUGUCAUCUUGGCUGACCAAAUUGAGAUCAUAACCAAUGGAGAGUACAGAAGCUCUAUACACCGCGCCAUAACUAAUGCUGAGCAACCUCGGUUUUCGAUAGCUACAUUCCAUGAUCCUGCAAAGACAAGAAAGGUUUCCCCUGCAUUUCAUCCGCCUAAAUAUCGUGAAGUGAUGUAUGGCAACUAUGUAUCAUCAUGGUACACAAAGGGCCCAGAAGGAAAGCGGAAUCUUGAUGCCCUUAUUAUUUAAUUGGAGGACUUUCAUGUGGCUGGGUAGACUACCAUAUGUAACGUGGAGCACGAGAAGUCGCAUCACAGAUGAUGAAACUUGUCUGAACUGUGUAAACCAUGCCGAAAUUGUUCAUCUUCUCCUCGUGAAAUACCCCAAAAGCUCCCGAAAUAGUAAAUAUCAAAACGAGAA